AAACGUUCAAGGGUGCACCUCUCUGACCUCCACCCACUUCCUCGAGUUCACGCCCACGGAACCAUCGCGCUGUUCGCCAUCGAACCUCCGACUCUGGCCCUACGGGAUCGUCUCCGGAUCAGUCCAGCUCAACACAUGCGAGUGCGGCGAUUACCCUCGAUAAGGGCCAGGCUGUUCUGGUCUGAACGGGAGAGCGACCCCUGCCCGGCUGCGGCUUUCGAGGGCUCUUCAUGCAUGGCUACUGACAUGAAGCGUGGAUGACUCUCGAUAUGGCGCAUCCAAGGAUGUUGAAUGCCAACGGCGCCCAGAAUGGCGCCGAAUCUCCUGCGCAGCCAUCUGGUCACCAACCGAGGUUCUCGCGCCCGUUCACACUGCAGGAGGCUCUUCCAUACUCUCCUUUCACCUCCGUCAUUCCCUUCGAGUCGGAUAUCAUUCCCACUCCAAACCUUGGUGCUGGCCCAUCUUCGUCUCGUCUUGCCGAUCUCGUCCCCCGACAUGACUUCGAUAAUCUGAACAGGGAUGCUGCGAACCCGUCAAAUACGUCGAGGCGCCUAGAGCAGAGCCUAGAGCACGUGCAGAAUCUUCUGAACCCGAGCAGGAUAGCGCAAUUCAAUUUCAAGACGUGCCCCAAAACCUCGACACUCAACGGCCCGACGAACAGUCUCUCUCAGAAUCUGUCCCCUUUCUCGAGGAUGGUCUUCGAAAAGACAUCUGUCUCCUAUACAUACCCAACAACUGAAGCACCGCGCAUCAAUGGGAAGCACUCCUCCACGGCCCCCGGCCCUGCUAGACCACAGAAGCGAGAAAGCAAACCUGCCUCGAGCAGCCAGGUUCCUGGGCACAAAGAACCUCGUUUUGCCGUCUUCAUACCCACUAAGAAACAGUACGAAGCCGCAAAUACAGUCGCCGCGCCAGAUGCCGCGCCAGACAACAGUGCUGGGGUCAAGACGUCGCCGCCUCCCUCUCCAAAGCCGUCACUCGCAGGAGAUGUGGACGAGAUCGCUGAAUUACCGGCCCAGGGGGCAUCCCGGCCUUUGAACAAUUCACAGGUACCUGGGAAAAUCUCCAUAGACCUACCAGCUGCGCCGUCAUUCAACAAGCAGGAAUACCUCAAGGUCCAGGAAGAACCUGAUGAGCCCACAAACCUAUCGAAACGGAAGCAAAGACAUGAUGCGUACCAGGAUGGUCAAGAUGUUUACGGGGCAAGUCGUGACCAAAAACAGAGGGCUGAUUCGGCCUAUCAUCAGCUCUGCCGCUGCUUCUUCGAUAUCUUUCAGGCGGAGGAUAGUGUCACGGCCACUCAAUCGGAGUCAAACCCACUUGUCUGUUUGAACUCCCACCAGGAGCCGGCGAUGACUACAGCAGCCCAUCAAAAAGUACAACCCCUCCUGCAAAAUGCCAUAUCUUUAGGGUCUUUUGUGUAUGUUCCCGUGGAUGACAUCCUGCGCGUGCAGCGUCUCUGCGAUGGUGCGCUGAAGCAGACCCAAGACUUGGACCUGAAGGUUGAUGAAGGCUGGGGCGAGUCGGACGCACAAUUAUGGGCCAACCAGCUACAGGAAGUCGACACUGCACUUAGGGCCGCCCGAACUGCCUUGAGGAUAAUGUCUGCUGGCAGAGAGGACAAACAACUUUACUCAGAGGACUUGAUACGGGACUGCCUGAGCCUCUUUCGCGAGGUUACGGAUAAUAUCAUUGUGCCGUUGACAGAGAAGGUCCGUCGUUAUGGCAUCACGAAGGAAGAAAAGCAAGGAAGCAAGGCCGGUUCCAAGGACAAUAGCAAAGACCUCUUCGAAAAAUUGCUUCCACACAAGAAAACCGUUCAGAAUCUGUUUACUAGCUUCACCAGGCUGUAUUCCGUUCUGACUACCCUGGUGGCCAGCAUAGAUUUGUCCGAAUCUCACGUUACCGCCCUGGAGACCAUCUCAUCUACCCUCAUAUUUGUCGAGAACGCCUACACAGACCGCGACUCUAUUGUUGGAGUCCAGAAAUUUGAUGGCAUCCGCCUGGUGGCAAUGGACAUGCUAUCGCAGAUCUUUCUGAAAAACCCGCAGAGCCGAAAUGGCAUUAUUGACGACGUCCUGUCUCAAAUAGAGAAGGUCCCGCAAACAAAGCAGAAAGCUCGUCAGUUCAAGCUCAGCGAUGGCAGGAGUAUUCAGCCAGUAUCGGCUCUCAUACUACGUCUGAUUCAAACGAGCGCCGGCAAAGCCACCGAUGCUAAGACUUCUGAGAGCAAGCUCCUCCAAUCACUGGACGGCGAACAUGAGCAAAACGACGGCGAUGUUCCAGUCCCUGCUGCAUUGCGAAACUCGUCUAUCCAGAGCGAAGAACAAGCAGGUUCUCAGCACGGGCGAUCUGCUGUAGAGCUUCAUGGAAUUUCGGCGCCCUUGGCAGAAGCUACAAGGGCAAGUGCGGCCAACGUAAUCAACUACAUGGUUCUUCGAGCGCAAACAUCUACGAAGACGGGCGAGUCGCCUUUCCGCAGAAUUCUUGAGAACUUUCUUGAAGAUCUCAUCCUUUGCUUGGAUUCCGCAGAUUGGCCGGCUUCUGAGCUCCUUCUUCGAAUCCUCAUGAGCAGGAUGAUGAGUCUCGUGGACGGCGAGAGGACGGCAGCUCCCGCCAAAAACAUGGCCUUGGAAGUUCUUGGUUCUAUGGGCGCUGCGAUCUCGAAGCUGAGGUCGCAAGUCCGGCGGAGCGCGAAUUCCCUGGAUGCCACGGAAGCCAACGGGCUAGGAGUUUAUCUCUCUGAACUUGCAUCUUUAGCGCUCGAGCUCAGAUCACGCCCAGAUCAGCUGCUAUCAUGGGCUGGGCCUUACCGCGCAUGCCUCGAGUAUCUUGACCAGCGAUGCUCCGAAGACCCGCAUCUGUCCAGCGCCGUGUCCUUUCUGACCACAGACUGGGCCAGCAAAGUAGAUGCCACCUACGACAUACUGAACAAUGUGGACGACGAUGACCGGCUGCCUGAAUUUGGAAAACUCGCUUACCGGCUGAGAAUGAUGAGCGAGGAUCGUCGUUGGCUUUCCACCGAGUACAGCUUCGCACAAGUCUCCCCCAUUCUGGCGAAGCUUUCAUACCAAAUCAUCCUCAUUCGGUCGCAAUUCUGUGAAUCAUACAGGCACAUUCUCAACAUUUUGUUUCGCUUUAUGACGUCUGACCAAGCUACAGUCCGCAGCAAGAGUCUCAAAAGUGUGGAUGAUGUUCUGGAGACAGAUCCUGCUAUACUCGAUGGAGAUUCGACUUUUAUUCACCGAAUCCUGCAGUGCUCGAGCGAUUCCUCACCCCAGGUGCGAGACUCGGCACUUGGCCUGAUUGGAAAGUGCAUCGACUUGAGACCAGUGCUGGAGGAGCAGCUGAUUCCGACUGUCAUCGACCGGUUCAUAGACACUGGCGUUGGGGUUCGAAAACGUGCAAUGAAGCUCGCUCGGGAUAUCUAUCUUCGCAAUUCGGACAAGAAUGUUCGCAGCAACAUCGCCAAUGGUCUACUCCAUCGUGUACAGGACCCUGACGAGGGUGUACGAGAAGUCGCCCGACAGAUGAUCGAGGAAAUUUGGAUUAGCCCUUACUCGUCCGCAGAGGGCUCUGCAGCGUACAAGACGUCUCUUACGGAUCACGUCUCCCUUAUGAUGCAGACGGUGAAGCAGGGCAAUGUGACCCCAGUUCUGGACAAGGUUUUCCAGUCGAUACUGGGGUCCAAAGAAACCAACUUCAAAGUUGGACAGAUCCUCGUCGGCAGCAUUUUCGACCUCUUCCAUCACUCGGACUCGGAAAGGGAAGCGUUGCAGCUUCUGAUGAUCUUCGCCAAGGCCGACGCAAAGCUGUUCACGUUCGAGCAAAUCAAGAUAUUGCAAUCCACAGUUGCAAGCAUAGCUACUAACGAAGACUUGGCAAUUUCUCGAGCGGUGGUAGUGAUCUACCGUCGCGUCUUGCCGCAAUUGUCUAAUGUUCACGAGUCAUUCCUUACCGACAUAUUGAAUCCUCUGAUGCAAGCCGUACCCAAGGUGACUCGGGCACUUCUGGACGAUGUGGUUGGGUGCCUGUGGAUCAUCAGCGGGCUGCUUGGAAGCAUAGAGAAGCUCUCACGAUUAGCGCUAUCAGCGCUGCAAGGGAUACAAAAGAUCCGGGCCGCGACACAGGGCAGGGCCCUCGACGACAAGACCAUGCGAACGUUCGAUCGCUACUCGCUCAUCGUGGGAAUGGUGGGGAAGCAUUGCGACCUGGAGACCAAAUUGGCCUCAUUCAAGGCUGCAUUCCCAUCUUUCAAAGGAAGCACAGUCUCAAAACUCAUGGUUGAUGUGGUUAUCCCCUUUGCAAGCCCAUCACAGCCUCUUGAAGCGAGGAAGUCUGCGCUUGAUGCUGUUGGCCUCAUAUGUCAAUCCUGGCCAAGGAAUUAUGUGUCCGCGAACGUGUAUACGACAUUCCAGCAAGUGUUUGACGAGCAAGUCCCUGUGCUGGAGACGAUGAUUCUUGGAUCCAUCAAGGAGUUUCUGUUCACGGAGGAGCAACGCUCUGAGCAAGCAGCUUCGGAAGGCGCUGCCAAAGAUGAGAAGGGCGAGAAGUUGAACCUCAAAGUCAUGGGCGGAACCACCUAUGACGAUGUCUCCAGCGCCACGACGCAGCGUUUUCUUUCGGAUAUCACACGAAUAGCGCUCGCCACGCAGGACGAGCACGCAUUUUUGGCUGUCGAGGUCCUGGCGAGCAUCAACCGCCAAGGUCUAGUCCACCCCAAGGAAACCGGCGUCACCUUGAUCACACUAGAGACCUCUUCAGUCAAUAAGAUCUCAGAGCUGGCUUUCCGUGAGCACCGCGCUUUGCACGACAAAUACGAGACUGUCCUCGAGCGAGAGUACGCCAAGGCAGUGCAGUCCGCGUUCGCUUAUCAGCGGGACAUUGCUCGCGACCCUCGCGGUGCCACCACCGAUCCGUUCACGUCCAAGCUUCAUCUUAUGAUGGAGGUUCUCAAAUCCAGCAAGGCCAAGAAUCGAUCGAAGUUCCUCGACAAGCUUUGUGGGCAAGUUGACUUUGAGCCUGCAAAGCUAGAUACUAGAGGGAACAUGCCAGGUCACGUUCAACUGUCUCAAUUCAUCAUCGAAAAUCUGGCCUUCUUCGACUACGCCACCGUGAGCGAGCUGUUUGGCACGGUGACCACCAUGGAGAAGCUUGUGACCAGUACAGGCGCUAGCGUCGCCCAAGCGAUCGAGGCAGAAAUCUUCCAGGUUACGAUGGACGCAGUGACUAACCCUCAGGCUGCUCCUGACGGCCAAAAUCAGCCAGUGUUUGCUCCACCCCCACCAGCGGUUGAUGCCAAGCGUCUCCGGCAGCUGGCAGCUGGGUCCAUGAUUCUGCAAGCCAUGUGGGAAGCGCGGUCGUACCUCCGUCGGCAAUACAACCUCGGAACGAGCAGGCACAACCACAAGUCCAAGGCGAGCAACAAGGAAAAGGACACAACGAAGCCGGUCAAGGUCCAGACGGUCACGGGCGACAAGCUGUGGGAGGACAUCGCCUCGAUCAUGGGCUCACUCUCCUCACAGGAGCGCAUGAUGCAGCAGUGCCGGUCGUUCGUGGACCUCCUCAACGUCGACAGGGAGUUCAAGGUCGCAGACGAGGAUGAUGAUGCCAACGGGGACGACCCGGCCACGCCCAGCGGCGACGAGGACGACGACGGUGCGGACACGGGCCGAGGCCGGAAGCGCAAGUCCAACUCCACGCCCGGGAGCGGCCGGAAGAAGCGGCAGCGCUCGUCCUCGCAGGUGCGGAAGCGCGGGCGGCCCCGCAAGAGCGCCGUUGCGGAUGACGAUGAUGAUAUGGAGUUCUUUUAGAGUGCUUGCUGAUCGGCGGGCCGUGAGGAAAUCUGGGCGGCGGGGGAAAGAGUUGCUGUUUGCAGGUAAUGAUGUGUUUUGGCUGGGUGGGCUACGAAGAAGAGAAAAGGGAGAGCCUCGGCUGGCAAGAGACCAGGGCUUAUAGGCGUUUUUUUGGUCUCCCCACACGGACGCGGGGAGAAAUUUGAUGGGCGUCACAGGGGCUCAUUUCUUCACCCCGGGGGACAAUAUUCAUGAUACCUCAUCUUGGUGGGAGUUAGACUUGCUACAUCAGGAGACGAGACAGCUGCUUGACCUGUUAGCUAGCUCAUGGCUGGAUGGGCACGCAGUCACCACACAAUAAUAGCACACACACAUGUAGCUGAUCCCAGGUCGGGACAGCUGAUAAUUCACAAUGCAAGGCCAUGUUGCC